AGCCCAUUAUUACAUCUUCUUCUUCACUCACUUCUCCACUUCCACUCAAAUAAUCCUUCAUAUGCAGUAUGCCGCAUCUUCAUCGCACCAAACCACCUUACCACCACCACUGCCGCCACCUCCGGACAUUUAUAGCCGCCAGGGUCAAAUGGGUACCCGACCCAUAUCUAGACAACGCAGUCUCCAAAGAAAAAAACCUCAAACAAGUCAUCUCCCUCAAGAACCAAAUCAUUUCUUCACCUUCAAAAUCACUCCCACUCUCUUCAUUAUCACUUCUCAAAUCCAAUUUAAACCUCCCAAACACAGCCCAAAAGUUUUUACAGAAAUACCCUUCAUUUUUCACUCAAUUCCAACCCUACCCUUCACUCCCUUUCCAUGUCAAACUCAGCCACCAUGCCCUGUCUGUAAACAAAGAAGAACAAACAGUUUACAGUUCUGUCAGUUAUAAAGCUGACGUGGCUCAAAGGUUAGCUAAGCUUUUAAUGCUGACUAAAGUAAAUAGAUUGCCUUUACAUGUUAUUGAUAGAUUUGGGUUUGAUUUGGGCUUGCCUGUUAAUUAUAUUACUCAAUUGUUGUCUGAUUAUCCUGAUUAUUUUCAUGUUUCUUUAGGGAAAGAUUGUGUCUUUAAUGGUAAAGAAACGUUUUUUUUGGAGUUGGUUUGUUGGAGAGAUGAGUUGGGUGUGAGUGAAAUGGAGAAAAGAGUGGCAUUUGGGGAUUUGAGAAAUGUUAAGAAAGGCGAGGUUAUUGGGUUUUCGUUGAGUUAUCCGAACGGGUUCGAUUUAGAUAAGAAAGUUAAAGAUUGGCUUUUUGAAUGGCAGGGUUUGCCUUAUAUUUCACCUUAUGAGAAUGCUUUUCAUUUGAAUCCGAAUGGGGAUCAUGCCGAGAAAUGGGGUGUUGCGGUUUUACAUGAGGUGUUAUGGCUGUUAGUUUCAAAGAAGAUUGAGAAGGAGAAUUUGUUGAUUUUAGGCAAGUAUUUAGGAUUUGGAGAUAGGUUUAAGAAGAUUUUAGUGCAUCAUCCUGGGAUUUUUUAUGUUUCGAAUAAGAUUAGGACGCAGACUGUGGUUCUUAGAGAGGCGUACAGGAAGGAUUUUUUGGUGGUGAAGCAGCCUUUGAUGGGUAUGAGAUUUAGAUAUAUCCAUUUGAUGAAUAAAGUUGUUGAUAAGCAUCGAAAAUCAGCUUGUGAGACUUUAGGUUAUUGGUCGAAAAGGCAAGUGGCCUCAUCGGUUAGUAAAAGGAAGGAGAGAAAAGUAAUGGAUAAAAGUUUGGGAGGAGAGGAGAAGAAAUUGAAUGAGUCUUCUGAAUCUGAAUUUGAGGACUUGAACAUUUCAGAGUCCGAGUUUGAGGAAAUGCAUAGUGAUGUAGCUGUCAAGUACGAAUCAUGAAUUUGUUUUAAUCAUUGCUGAAAAUGCUGUGAAGAGAUAUGGUCGUAUGUUUGCAGCUUCUUAGGUGGUAAGUUCACUUAUCAAUUUCUUAAUGGU